AUGUCCUGUAGCACUGCUGAAGCUGGCGAAGUGAGAAAUAAAAAUCCUUGGGUGGUUUUCGAUGUAUUUAUUUGGUUGAAUAUUCCUAUUUGA